AUGCUUAGCUCAAUCAAGUUGGAUUUGGGCUACAAUGAUCUAGUUUCAAAGUUGCAAUUUAUUCUCCUCUGUCUCUUUUCUUUCCUUCAAACGUCGACUCGUCCUCGCCGGCCGCCGCAGACCACAGCCGCAUCUCCAGCCUCCGAUUCUCCUUCUUCUCAUCUAGAAGUCUCGACUCUCAAAUUGUUUUUCUCGCAUCAUCGACUCUCGACUCUCGCACACAGACACUUUCGUCGUCAGGUGUUCUGCUUCAUUCUCACAUCAGCUUCUUCUUUGGAAUUCACUCAGUGCAUCCUUCCGACUUCUGGUCCCUUGAAUUCAGGAGGAUUAAAAAACUGUCUGAAAUUUAUGGCUACUGGCAAAGUCCGGACAAGUAGUUUCUCAAAGAACUUUUCAGCUGCACCUACUUCUUCUGUCCCUGGACUCAAGUAUGGACCAAAUGGCACAAUCUUUCUUUCGUCAGGCAUACCAGAUCUUGACAAGAUUUUAGGUGGGGGAUUCCAUUUAGGAAGUCUGGUAAUGAUCAUGGAAGACACUGAAGCACCUCAUCAUAUGCUUUUGUUAAGGACUUUCAUGUCUCAGGGACUAGUACACAACCAACCUGUUCUUUAUGCAAGCCCAGUCAAAAACCCUAGAGCCUUUCUUGGAACCUUGCCAACUACUUUAGCCCCCAAAGAUGACAAAUCUCGUAACACUGAUGCAGAACAGAAGGAUUUGCGGAUUGCUUGGCAAUAUAAGAAGUACCUUGGGGAAAAUAAGCAACAUAACGAGGAGCGAGAUGGGAAAAUAGAGUAUUGCAAUGAAUUUGACCUAAGGAAGCCUAUAGAGAAGCAUUUGAUAAUGGGAAACCGUGUGGAGUGUUUUAGCCUUUUAGAUUGUUCAAAUCUUGCUGGAUUCCGUGAUAGUUGUUCAAAGUUCAUAUCUCAAUUUCCAAGGUAUGAUGGAAAUAUUACAAGUGCAGGAAGAAUUGCUAUCCAAUCAUUUUGUGCUCCACAAUGUGACUACAAUGACAAGGAAUGGGAUAUGCUUUCCUUCAUUAGAUCAUUAAAAAGCAUGGUUCGCUCCUCAAAUACAGUUGCUUUUCUAACCUUCCCACCUUCUCUUUUAUCACCAUCAAUGUCAAAAAGAUUGCAACAUUUAGCUGAUGCCUUAUUAUCCGUUAAAGCAAUUCCAGAUGAGGACAAGGAGCUUGCGACUCUCCUAACUGGUUACCAGGAUAUGCUUGGGCUUCUAAGUAUACAUAAAGUUUCACGUUUCAACACACAGGUCCCUGUAAUUCUAGAUGCAACGACAUACUCCAUAAAGCUGCAAAAACGAAGAUCAUUGGUUUUAGAGUGUUUAAAUCAAGCGCCUGUCGAUGGCUCAAGUGGGAGUUCUUAUGGUACUUCUGCUAGUUGUGGCUCCUCUUCAAAGGCUGGUGCCCUUGAUUUUUGAUGUUUCGCUUGUUUUUAUGUGUAGGUGGUAACUAAAUUGAUUAAAUUAAUUGCUCACUAACUUUUGAUUAAUGAAAUGUUAGUUUAUUUGCGAAAUCAGUUGUCAGUUUUGUAGAAUCCAAG